AUGCCUGUCGAGCUUCGCAAGCGCAAGGCCCCCGAGCCUGCUCCGGCUCCGGCGCCCAAGAAGGCCUCGUCCAAGGUCGCUAAGGCGGCCGAGAAGGUCAAGGGCGCCGUCAAGGGCAAGGCCGAGAAGCCGGCCGAGAAACCCGUUGAAAAGGUUGCCGAGAAGCCCGUUGAGAAGCCCGCCGCUGCCAAUGGCUCUGGCAAGAAGGUCAAGGCGACUAAGGGCGAGACAAUUGACCUCGACGGCUUCGGCGGCGACAUUGAGACCAACGAUGGCGAGAAGACGACCCUCAAGGAGCUCGUCGACAAGAGCAAGGCCGGUGUCGUCCUCUUCACCUACCCGAAAGCCUCGACUCCCGGAUGCACCAAGCAAGCUUGCCUCUUCAGAGACUCGUACGAGCCGCUCACCAAGACGGGUUUCGCCAUCUACGGCCUGUCCAUGGACUCGCCCAAGGCUAAUACCACCUUCAAGGAGAAGCAGAAGCUGCCUUAUCCGCUGCUCUGCGACCCCAAGGCCACCCUGAUUGCUGCCAUUGGCUUGAAGAAGCCGCCCAAGAGCACUCAGCGCGGCGUCUUUGUCGUCGACAAGGCCGGCAAGGUACUCAUCGCCGAGCCCGGCAGCCCCGCGGGCACCGUCGAUGUUGUCACGGCGCUGAUUGAGGGCGGCGAUGUUGACGGUGCCGAAGAGGCCGCGACCGAGGCCCCUGCUGCCGAUGCCAAGGAGGAAGAGGAUGCGGCCAACGGAGAGACCAAGGCUGACGAGGAGAAGAAGGAGGAUGAGAAGAAGGACGAGUAA